GGAUAUCUGUGCUUUUUCCUCACCGCAAGUCGAUACAUAGCUCAUUAGAGCAUCAUGGUCUCAACCAGCGCCAUGUUCCGCAAGGCUCCGCGCCGCGUCAGCCUCCUCAGGGCGCAGCAGCGUCGCCGAUUCUCCCAGCAGCAGCAACAACAGCAGCAGCAGUCUAGCAAUGGCGCUGCACCCUCGGGCAGCAUCUUCUCUGGCAGCUGGAAGAUCCCUGCCACCAUGGGCUUUGCUCUCAUCGGAUUUUUGCAGUGGCAGCACCUGAACCAUCCGACGGAUGAGGAGCGCAAGACGCACCCAGCGCAAGCUUUGCGGCGUCUGCCUGGCGCACACACGGCGUUUGAGGACACGAUGGCCACUGAGCGCCAGCUACAGUCGCUCAAGCUCUUCCCGUACCGAGCUGCAAGUCGCCUCUGGGGUGAAGUGCACGACAAGGAGCUGCCGUUAUGGAUGCGCGAACCCGUCUAUAAGGCGUGGACUGCCGUCUUCAACUGUAAACUGGACGAGAUGAAGUACCCGUUGCAAGACUACGCCAACCUCGGCGAAUUCUUCUCGCGCCCAUUGAAGGAAGGCGCCCGGCCAUUCGACACGGCUCCUGGUCAUCUCGCCAGUCCGGUGGACGGCACAGUGGCCUCUAUCGGUGUGGUGGACGACUCGACCAACAUACCAACACUGGAGCAAAUCAAGGGUGCGCGCUACCGACUCGACGAGUUCCUCGGCGAUCUCCCCUCGUUCUUUACUAAAAACCCGUCUGCUUCUAAGGGCAAGAAAAUGUUCCACUGUGUUCUGUACCUAGCCCCUGGCGAUUACCAUCGCAUCCACGCUCCGGUGAACUGGCAGGUCGAGGAGCGCCGUCACUUCCCUGGAAACCUCUUCCCUGUCAACCAAACCGCUGCACGACUGAUUCCGAGUCUCUUCGUGGAAAACGAGCGUGUUGCACUGCUGGGUGAAUGGGAGCACGGCUUCUUCUCACUUACUGCGGUUGGCGCCACAAACGUGGGUUCCAUUGUCAUCACGAAGGAACCAGAAUUCCGCACCAAUACUGCCGCGCAAGACCCACUAGUGGGCCAGUGCAUUACGAAGAACUACGGUGGCAAGGUGGACACAACUCGUGGCGAGGAGAUGGCACAGUUUAAGGUGCGAUGGUUUUAUAGUUGCAGAGGUUGCGAUACGCUAACGAACUCUUGUUGCGCGUACCACGCAGCUGGGCUCCACAGUCGUACUGGUUUUUGAGGCUCCUGAGUCGUUCCAGUUUACUAUUAAACCGGGCGACAAGUUGAUUUUGGGGAAAUGCAUCGGCAAAGUGGAGUAAAUAUCCACACCGACAACCUGCUGUGUUGCUGUUGAUGUCCAAAUGCAAAGUCAACUCGAUGAACUCGUUAAUGCGGUUUACCGCUUCUCAAUUAGAGCAGCAAUUUAUGCCUGCGUGUGGCAGUUUGGAUACCUAAGCUGCAUUACAGCAUUUAAUGCCCUGCUUAUCCAAGGAUCAUCACUUGAGCGCUUUUCACCCACUCGACCGUCUAGACGGACUUGCAACGAGGUCAGAUACGACAGCCAGGGAAUCAAUCCCCGCGACCUCCCCAGGCUCGGCAACUUGGCCAUAGGCGUGAUCCUGGGAAGCAAUCACCACGACUUCCCCAGCCGCGGCAGCUAGGCCAUAGUCGUGAUCCUGGAUAGCACCCAGUGCCACGCCGGUUCUCACCAUCUUCCGUCGCAAGGGCUUCAUCCGCAUCAUCUUGCCACCAGGUGUGGCUUUCAUCAAUCACUGCCUCAGCAUCGUCGGGUACCACCAACUCCGAGAGUCUAGUAGACUGCUCAUCAUCCGAGAGGCGACGCAAAUGCGUGUCUACCAAAGCAACACGUUUCGUCAUCACGAGGUUCAGUGUAUAAGUCAUCAUUGAGAAGUUACAUCACAUCUUCCACUACCUUUCGUUUCCAGCCCGUUGGUGAAAAGCUCAACCAAGGCAGCUCCAAUCGUAACGACCAGAAGAAUCAAACCCUUCAUUACGAUGUCGAUUACCUGGUACUCAAACACCUUUACGGUUUAUUGUCUCUCAUCGUAGAUAGCAGAUUA